ACAAAUCGGAAGACGAGGAAAGGAGGCGGGUGUUGGGGUAGUAAAAAGUGAAGUUUCCUCCGCGUUUUUUUUCCGGCUUUUUCUGGAUGUCAAGUUUCCUGUCUCGCUCGCUCUCUCUCUCUCUCUCUCUCUCUCUCUCUCUCUCUCUCUCGCUCGCUCGCUCGCUCGCUCGCUCGCUCUCCGUGUGCCAGCAGUGGUUAGAUGACAGGGAGGCGGACGCACGCCAUGGACGCGACAGCAGGCGCCGUCCCGAGCUGGUAGGAAGAGCCGCUCUCGCGCCCGCCGCGCGCCACACGCUCCGGGAGGAAGACGCAGCGAUGUCGAGAGAAAACACCACCAGGAGUCUGGACAACAUAGACCUCGCUGCUCUGAGAGAUCCAGCUGGUAUCUUUGAGCUGGUGGAGGUGGUUGGCAAUGGAACGUACGGGCAAGUCUACAAGGGUCGCCAUGUCAAGACCGGCCAGCUGGCAGCCAUUAAAGUCAUGGAAGUCACAGAGGAAGAAGAGGAGGAGAUCAAGUUGGAGAUAAACAUGCUGAAGAGUUAUUCCCACCACAGAAACGUUGCUACUUAUUAUGGAGCGUUCAUCAAGAAGAGUCCUGCUGGUCAGGACCACCAGCUGUGGCUGGUGAUGGAGUACUGUGGAGCUGGCUCAGUGACGGACUUGGUGAAGAAGACCAAAGGAAACUGUCUGAAGGAGGACUGGAUCGCUUACAUCUGCAGGGAGGUGCUCAGGGGUCUUUCCCAUCUCCACUCUCAUCAUGUGAUACACAGAGACAUUAAAGGACAAAACGUUCUGCUCACUGAGAAUGCAGAAGUCAAGCUUGUUGAUUUCGGCGUGUCGGCCCAGCUGGACAAGACAAUUGGUCGGAGGAACACCUUCAUCGGGACACCCUACUGGAUGGCACCAGAAGUCAUCGCCUGUGACGAGAACCCUGAAGCCACAUACGACUACAGGAGUGACUUGUGGUCAUUAGGCAUCACUGCUUUAGAGAUGGCUGAAGGAGCCCCUCCACUGUGUGACAUGCACCCCAUGAGAGCGCUGUUCCUGAUCCCCCGAAACCCCGCCCCCAGACUCAAGUCCAAGAAAUGGUCGAAGCGUUUCUUGUCCUUCGCUGAUAGCUGUCUGGUGAAAAACCAUCUGCAGCGUCCCAGCACCGAUGCCCUGCUAAGACACGCCUUCAUCAGGGAUCUAGCAAACGAGAGGCAGGUUCGCAUCAUGCUCAAAGACCACCUGGACAGAACCAGAAAGAAGAGAGAGAAAGAGGGUCCAGAAUAUGAGUAUAGUGGCAGUGAAGAAGAGGAUGAGGAGGUGACGGAGGAGGAAGGAGAACCCAGCUCCAUAGUGAAUGUACCAGGUGAGUGGACGUUGAGGAGGGAGUUCCUGCGGUUGCAGACAGAGAGUCGUGAGGGAGGCAGAGAAGGAGGAGGCCACGGAGGAGUUGGCGACCAGCAAAGACAGCAGGUAUUACAGCAGCAAAGGCAACAGGAGCAAGAACGAUAUAAGCAGCAGUUUCUGGCUGACAGACAGAGGAGGAUUCAACAGCAGCACGAGCAGCGACAAAAACUAGAGGAGCAGCAGAGGCGUCAGCUGACAAACUCUGUCUUCCAGUGGGCGGAGCUACAGGAGGUGCUGCUGGGAGAGGAGGCGGACCUCCAUGACGACAGAAUCAUACUGGACAACAGGAACAAGAGGACUGACAGGAGACUGGACCAGACAGGCAGACAGCAGAGUGCUGAUGUGUUAGUAAGGCCUCUGGACUCGACAGCUGAACAGAGAGUUGUGCCUUCAAAUCAGCUGCUUCGGCCAAAGAUCCAGGACUUCAAGCCCCAGCCCCUGUCCCAGGCCAAGCCCCAGCCUGUACCCCAGCACCAGCAGCCUUCAUCGGGCCGGCGGUUCCACCGCACCCUGCCCAAGGACCAAACCCAGCUGCUGUCGCUGCAGCACGACCACAGACACAGGCAGAGGGAGAGAGAGAAGGCCCCUGCUGGUGUCCAGAAGCUAGCUAACUGUGUCACCACAGCUGCUGCUGCUGCUGCUGCUGCUGCUGCUGCGGCUGCUGCCGCCAAGCCAGGCUACCCUGCAAACAGCCAGCACAGAGCGAUGGAGCUCCAGGAGUCCAACCUGGCCCGGCUGUUGUCGGCCUCUGGCCUCCAGAUGCACUCUAGACUUGGAUCUGGAAGCAGCUCUAGUCCUUGUACUCCAGCUAUGCAAAGAGCACACCAAAACCAGAAUGCCAAUCUGCGCUCCAGUCGAGAAGCCCCGCACAGCAGCUCUAUGUCAGAUAUGGCCACCUCCCCCCUCUCCCCCUUCUCCCCCCUCUCCCCCUUCUCUUCUCCCCCCUUCAGUCCUCUUACUCCCCUCCCCCCAACAGCUGACAACGUUUUUUGGGACUUUGCUGACAUACCGCCCAAGGUUCCAGAACGUACUACCUCCAAGUUCUACUGCAGAGAGCUGGUGAUGGGAAAUAAGAGGCCUGCUUCAAGUGGCAGCUCUGUACCUGCAGCAGAUAAAGGAGGAAGUUCGGCACGUCACGGGAGCUCUCCCACCACCCACAACCAUCCAGGUUAUUAUCACCUUGACAGUCCCUUACUACAUCACCGCCUGCAACAGCACAGGAAGAUGCAACACGGCUCCCCUGGUGGAUCUCGACAGGGCCAGGGUGUGAGGCCUGUGCUGGGUCGACACCACAAGGCCACAGACUACUCUUCCUCCAGCGACGAGCUUGGUAGCAGCGAUGAUGAAGAGAGGAACAGGUCUGCCAUGCACAAUGAAAAUGGGAAGUACUUCAGAGGGAUCCCUGAUGGAAUUGUAUUACAACCACACCAGAAUCUUAACAAGCUUUCUAGGCCAUGCUCAGAUGAUACUUAUUUGCUGCCAGACCUCCUGCAGAAGACCUCAUCCUCCAGCCCCACCCAUAAUGGGCUGAGCCAGCAACACCGAACACGGGAACUCAACUACUCACAGUCCCCCACAGCCCCGCGAUCCCCAUCACAGCAAGAGCAACUCUCUCUGAGCAGCCCCACUGGUAAAAACACCUCCUGCUCGUCCUCCUCCUCCUUUCUGCCCUUCAUCGACCCGAGACUGCUGCAGAUAUCACCACCACAGAGCCCUACAGAGAGCAAACCUGAGCCAAUCAGGCGAGAAAGCCAGAGGAAGGGCUCUGUGGUAAACGUGAACCCCACCAACAUCCGACCGCAGAGUGACACCCCAGAGAUCCGCAAGUACAAGAAGAAAUUUAACACCGAAGUCCUCUGCGCUGGACUGUGGGGAGUGAACCUAUUGGUCGGGACAGAGAGUGGCUUGUGGCUGUUGGAUAGAAGCGGCCAGGGUAAAGUCUACUCGCUCAUCAGCAGACGCAGGUUUCAGCAGAUGGACGUACUGGAGGGACUCAAUGUCUUAAUCACCAUAUCUGGUAAAAAGAACAAGCUCCGUCUGUACUAUCUGUCCUGGCUGAGGAAUAAGAUCCUCCAUAAUGACCCCGAGGUGGGGAAGAGACAGGGCUGGACCUCAGUGGGCGAUCUGGAGGGCUGUGUGCACUACAAAGUUGUACGCUAUGAGAAGAUCAAGUUCUUGGUCAUUGCGUUGAAGAAUGCAGUGGAGGUGUACGCCUGGGCACCCAAACCGUAUCAUAAGUUCAUGGCCUUUAAGUCGUUCAGCUCCCUCCCCCAAAAGCCCCUGUCUGUGGACCUGACAGUGGAAGAAGGUCAAAGGCUUAAGGUCAUCUACGGCUCUGUAUCUGGGUUUCACGCCAUCGACGUGGACUCUGGAACACCCUACGACCUCUACCUCCCUACACAUAUCCAGGGUUCAAUACAUCCACAUGCCAUCAUCAUUUUGCCCAACAGCGCAGGAACAGAAGUUCUGGUGUGUUACGAAGACGAGGGCGUUUACAUCGACACCUAUGGCCGCAUCACCAAGGACACGGUGCUGCAAUGGGGAGAGAUGCCUGCAUCCGUAGCCUACUUGCAGUCUAACCAGGUGAUGGGCUGGGGUGACAAGGCCAUAGAGCUCAGGUCAGCCAACACUGGGAACCUCGAGGGGGUCUUCAUGCACAAGAAGGCUCAGAAACUCAAAUUCCUGUGUGAGAGAAAUGACAAGGUCUUCUUUGCUUCUGUGCUGUCAGGAGGCAGCAGUCAGAUUUACUUCAUGACACUUGGACAGAAUUCAUUGUUCAACUGGUGACGCCCGGAUCUGUGAUCAACUGCUGGUGUCUGGAAUCAUUCUAUUGGAAUUGAACGCUGACGUCUUGAUUAAUUUAUCCUGAAGGACGGUCCGCAUUGAUGUCUGCAAGCAAGAACAGCCUGGAUCUGUUUCUCGGUCUUCAGAUGUUCCCAGUCUAGACCCUUAAAAUUCCCCAAAUAGCUACACAUGUCCGGAUCUACAAAUGGACCUAUUGGAGAUUCUCUACAGUUCUGCUAGUGAUAUCUGUGUGCUUAUUUUCUUUAACCGGCUCAAAUUCACACUUCCGUUGGGGAUGCUUGAUGCUUUUUCGAAUUGGAUUUUAGCAAACGCUGCAGCAUCUUUAUCUAUUGGUUGUAUUUAGAACUAAACACCUAAAACCAUAAUGUGAAAAAACAACACAGGGCCUUUCCAGAUUUUUUUCCGUUGAACUCUGUGGCAAUUUAGAGCCGUCAGAUGAAGCAUUUCUAAAUAGAAGGUUAUUUCCCCGAGACAUCACUGCACCAGAGCAAUGAAAACCCAAAUGAAUUUGUACCUCAAGCAAAAGAAUCCUUUCAUCAAGAGGCACCUGGAUCAAGCUUUGGGAUCCCACCUCCGAUCCAAAUGUGCCUGGGUUUCAUCAAGUAUCGCCAAGGGCCAUAUCACCUUGUUCAACGAGUGAUCACACAUCAUGUUCUGCACUCAGCUGAUCUCAGACAAGUGAUCAGCUGAGUGAUCGGCUGAUCUGUCAGCUGAUCACUCAGCUGAUCUCAACUGAACGAUCACUUAGUUGAGAUCGGCUGAGUGAUCAGUUGAGAUUGGCUGAUCGCUCAGCUGGGUCAGUUCCUGUGGUUUAGUCUGAGCCUCCCUUCAACAACUUGAGCCCCUUCAUUCCACUGGUCAGACUGGGAUUUGUUACUUCCUCAGCAUCUGAGUAAUGCCUGGUUUCCAGUGCGCGUAAUGAGAUUGGGUUAGUUUUGUCUGCCUGCUGCUGUUGAUGCCAAACAGUACCGUGUGAACCUGGGUCGGACCUCUUCGGGUUUGUUUUCAUGCAGGAAUGCCUGGAUCUGUUCUAUUCUGAUUGGUGUCAAAGAGGCAGAAGGUCAGCAGCCUAAAACAGGACAAAUUAUGUUAUAUAAGUAUAUUCUAACUUUGAAAAAUCAGUUUUAUAUCCACAAGAAAAAAAUAUUUUGAAAAUAUGGAUAUCUGAAAAAAAAUAUUUUUUUCUUAGAGGCUAAAAUUGAUCAUUCUAAAACUUGUACAGGAAGUUGAAUUAUAUAGUUAAUAACAAAAGAUAAGCCUUGUUUAAUUUAUGUUGAUGUCAAGAUCACAUGGACUAAAAAGCACAAAUUAAGAUUUUAUAACCGUGUUGUAUUUUAGCUUUACUUACUGAAGUGAGGCGUGUAACUCCAGCGAGGAGGCAGUUAUUGGGGCGGGAUGUUGAGGCAUGGUGAGCCCACAGCUGCAGUGACAGUGACCGUGUUAAAGGUGCAUUUGUUCAGUACAGCUCACCAUUUUAUCCUGGAGAUUGCUUCUCAGAAAUUACUUCCUGUGCUCACUGUGGGUCAUGUUACUGAUCCCCGGGACCCUCGUUGUGUUGGGUGUGCCUUUAUUAAGUCAGUUUUAUUUGUAUAGCCCAAUUAUACAACUAUUACCCUAUCCCCAUCCUUAAAACACGUGUUUCCUGUGUUAAUUUGAGUUGAUUUAUUACCAUUUAGUGUUAUUUAGCAAUACGUGCUACACUGUCAAUGCUUUACUUUUUUAAAUGAAGGAUUUUCUGCCACAGAAAAAUGUUUUUUUCCUGUGGAACAAUGCAAACACUUCCUGUGCUAGCUCUCGGCAGUUUCUGUGCCUGUCUUUAGCACUUGUCAGACUUACUGGUUUAAAUUUGAAGUAAUUACACCUGACACGGUAUCUUUGGAUUAAACCUUGAUCGAUACUUAAAACAUUUCAUCAUGUCCGUCAUAAACCGCCAUCGCACUGAUUACUUGCUAGUUUUAAAAUAAGAAUAUAAAAUAUUGAAUAUUUGAAUGUUGAAAAAUAUGUUUAAUACACAGAUGCAGUAUAAUUUUAAAAUACAAAUAUUAAAUAUUUUAGUAUUGAAAACUAUAUGUAAUAUACAGAUGCAGUAUAGAGGAGACCAGACCAUGCUGGUUCCCAUGUUGGACAGUUCAUUCCACACUCUUCUUGCUUUCAUGAAAUCAGAGACAUAAAAUAAAGAAAGAUUUGGUCUUACAGCGAGGAAACUGAACUGCAUAUGAUGUGGUGGAACUAGCCAGGUAAUAAUACACGUUACUUUAGUACCUUGAUAGAGUCCUGCUCGGCUCUGGUUACAAAUCAGACAGGGAUUUCCCAUGUUUAACACGUUGCAACCCUGUAAUUAGUAAUUAGGGUGUUUGUAGCCUUAUACUUCAUUGUAAAAAAUACACAGUAAUUGUUUUUUUAAAGCGCCAAGGGGGUGUACACAAAUAUUUAGACAAUGACCCUAUAGUUUUAAUGCAAUAGGCAGUAUUAUAUGUAGUUCUGGAAAUAUUUUGUACAGCGAAAAGAUGAACAUAAUUUUAUAAUUUGCACUAUUUUGUAGAUAGUUUACAAGUGACAGGCAGUGUGUCUGUAUGUGCACAGAUUUAUGGACUCAUCAAUGUGAAACUUCCCCGUCAACAGUUUUCAGUCAUGUCACCCCACAGGGCCCUUAUCUGGGAUUGGUCGGCCAAUGGUGAUGAGAACACACGAGUUAGAAACCAAAGAACCUCAUCUCUUAUCUAUUUCCCCCAAUCAGGAGACAGUAUCUUCAGUUUUUGUUUCAUUGAGUAUGAAAUAAACACUUUAAAAAAAAGUUCUCCAAAAAUGCAUCCUAGUCUAAGAUGUCCAACGUCAUAGAAUAUAACGUUUAGUGGUUUUGAGGCAGGACGUGAAAAAGCCAUUCUGUUAAAUCGAUCAAUCAAGCUGCAUUUCUUAUAGUGCUUUUCUGUUAUCGUGUGUUGAUGCUCAAUAACCCAGCUAAGAAAACCAAAGAAGGCUGAACCAGGUCUUCUGGACAAAACAUCCGUUACAUAACAUACAUAACAACAUACAUAAUACUAUAAUUUUAUAUACAUAUAUAUAUAUAUAUAAAAUAUAAUAUAAUGUAAUAAUAAUAAAAUACUUAAUAACAAUGGUGACUGACAGAAAACGUUGUAUCCAGAUGAACUGGUUCAACAUUCAUUGACGUUCUCAUGUCAGUACCGUGGGGAUCAGAGUUCCUUAAACCAGAUCAUGGACCUGGUCUCAGUCAGUCCUGCAGACUUACUGUCUCAGAGAAAACAGCUGCACCUGCAGAUGAUGAGAUUGUCUGGAUAAUUGGCAGAACACAUUGUUUAUGUUAAAUAAAAAGAUCAAAUGUACUAGAUGUACUAGAUGGAA